CCUAUUUCUUUUGAGAUUAGCAUGUAAAGGUAUUAACAGUAAAGGUAAUACCUUGUGCCGACUAUUGCUGGUGGUUUCAAUAGGUAGGAAUAGAUAAAGUUCAGCCAUUUGAAUUGAAGGAAUUCACAGGCUUGUGUGCAUGCAGUGUUAGUCAGACAGUCAUUGACAGAUCUGGGAUUGGGGGUGAAUCUGUCAUUACGUUCACCUACUUAAAAAAUAUUGACUUCGAUUUUAGUAGGUUUUACACGUCUCAUUGUGUAAGAGACUUCAAACAACGUUUUUAAUUCAUGGCAACAUUGAGAGUAGGCAAAGCUACAGCCCAGGCGUUGCAUUCUGUUAAGGUCUGCUCUGCCGAGGACCCCUGCACUGAUCCAGCUGCAGCAUUGUGUCUUUUGACCUUAUUGUAGGCCUCGAGGGAGUGCAGUGUCAAUGGGAUCAGCACUCUUCAUCAGGCCCUGGUGGCUGUGUGUGUCAGGGACAUUGGACUGUGAUUCUGGGUAGCCUGCCUGAUCCAUCCAGAUCAAAGCUGUUGGGUGUGACUUGCUACAAUUAUAGCGAGGCAUCAGUUUGCACUUUGAGUUCUCCACCCUAAUAAUUAACUCUCGUAAGGAGUUCUUUAAUAUAGGUUUACAUUUCCUCACUUCAAGUUGAAAGAGAAAACCAACAGAAAACUAUCUAUCUCUGUGUGGAUCUCCAGGAGUUGGGCAACGUCCUGGUCAGCUUGACAUAGGUUACCAAACCUACACCAAACCCAAACUUAUUAGGAGCAGAUGAGGGUAUUCGUUCCAAUUUGAGAUACCAGCUAUCAAGACAGAUGUGUACAGCAAUUCAUUCUUCCCCCGUACAAUUAAAGCAUGGAAUUGUCUUCACUCUGCCAUAGUUACUCAACCAAACGCAAGUAAAUUUAAGGUAGCUCUUCUUCUCCAAUAAUCCUUUUUUGCUUGUCCACUCUCCGCCACCUCCAGUUAAUUUGGAAUAUUUUGGAGGACCAAGAACCAAGAAUGAAUAUUUCUGUUUUUUUCAAACUGCGGCAAAUGACUUGUAGAUUAAAAUUGAGAAAGUUAAUGACGAAUGCUGAGAACAGUCUGUAUUACAGUUGAGGAGAUAAUAAAUAUCCCAAAACAUAUAAAGGUAGAUAAAUCUCUUGGGCCUGAUCAGGUAGUUUCAAGGACACUGUGAGAAGCUAGAGAUGAAAUUGCAGGCAUCUUGGCUGAGAUGUAUAAUUAUCAGUAAAUAUGGGUGAGGUGCUGGAAAACCAGAGGGUAGCUAAUGUUGUGCCUCUAUUUAUGAAGGGGUGCAAAGAAAAGCUUGAGAACAUUAGACCAGUAAGCCUAACAUAUCUGAGAGAUAAGGUAAACGUGCGUUUGGAAAGACGGGGAUUGCUUUGGGUAUACAGAAAUAGCUUAAUGAUGGGAAACAGAGGGUAGUCAGGGCAGAGGACACUAAAUUAGGUGGGCAUAGGUUUAAGAUAGAGGGGAAAUUUUAAAGGGUCAAAAUGUUCUCACACAGGUGGUGGGUAUAUGGAAUGAGUUGCCCGAAUUUCAUUCCUCCCAGGUUAAAAUCUCCACUCUUGGACAACUUGCUCGUACAUUUCUUUGUGAAUGCCAUGGAAAGCUUGCAACGAUGAGAUGAUGAGGACAUGGAGUGCUCUGGAUCACUGUAGGAUCUGGUGGCAACAAGAUUAAUGGGAAGCCUCAAAUGUCACAAGCGAAUUCCAAGUCUGCUUUACCUGGGGAUAGGGAUUCCAGGGCCAAUCGGCAUUUUAAACAAUAGAGAGGAAAAACAUCCUGAGUACAAUAUUUAAAUUGCUCACACACAGGAUAUGAAUGGUUAUAUAUCAAUGCAAAGCUUGGUUAAAGACUGGGAUUCCUGUAUUUAUAUAGCAUCUUAGCACGAUUCUUGGUGCUACUUUUUGAAGUGUAGUAAUUGCCCUCUGUACUAGAAAGGAAAAAAAACCUGUCUAUUCAGCAGCAUCUGCAGAAUAUGUUCAUCCAUAACAUGUGGAAGCUAAUGUUACUCAUCAGAUCAGUGACUCCUUAACUUUCCAAUCAGUUUUGUUAGAACAGCAUCACUGGCAAGGGAAGGAUGGGGAAGAGUGUAUAUAUACAGUUUAGACUCUCUCGGGUACAUUCACAGCUAAAGAAACGGCAGCCCAAAGUCUGAAAAACUAGAAGAGUGAUCUAUGAACUUCAUCCCUGUAAACGUCACACCAAUGGUUUUCUUCUACCAGUUUGAGCAUCAUGAAGUUGCUUCUGCUGUUGGCCUGUGUGAUGGUCUCUGUUUGGGCAGAGGUCUCCAACUCUAUGUUUGACUCAUCAUUAGAUGAAGGUUGGAAGAGCUGGAAAUCAUUCCAUCAGAAGCAAUAUGAGAAGAAUGAUGAAAAUGACAGAAGAAAGAUUUGGGAGAAAAGCAUGAAAUUCGUUACGAAACAUAACCUAGAGCAUUCAAUUGGAAAACAUACAUUUACUGUGGGAAUGAAUCAGUUUGGAGACAUGACCAUGAAGGAGUUUGCACAACUUCUUAAUAAAUUCAACAAAAAAGAAACUGGGAACUCGACUUAUAAAGGGUUUACAGCUCAGGCCAACACUGAACUUCCAUCCUUUGUUGACUGGCGUCCUAAAGGCUAUGUUACUCAUGUGAAGGAUCAGGGACAAUGUGGCUCCUGCUGGGCUUUCAGUACAACCGGUGUUCUCGAGGGGCAGGUGUUUAAGAAAACUGGAAAGCUCAUUUCCCUCAGUGAGCAGUACCUGAUGGACUGCAGCAGAGAGGUGGGAAACCAUGGCUGCAAUGGUGGAUACAAAGUGCAAUCCCUUCUAUUUAUCAAAGAAAAAGGCAUCAGUUCAGAGCAAUCCUAUCCUUACACUGCAAAGGACGGGGAGUGCAAAGUCAACAGAAACGAUAAUGUUGCCACAUGCAAGGGUGUCAGGAUUAUUCAGAAAAAUUCGGAGACAGAUUUAGCCGCAGCAGUGGCCACAGUGGGACCGAUCUCGGUUUCUAUCGAUGCAGAGCACAGGUCGUUCAUGCUGUACAAAUCAGGUAUAUUUUAUGAACCUCGCUGCAGCUCUGACCAACUGGAUCAUGAGGUGUUGGCCGUUGGGUAUGGGACUGAAAAUCAGAAGCCCUAUUGGAUUGUUAAAAACAGUUGGGGAACCAGUUGGGGCAUGGAAGGAUAUGUCCACAUGUCCAAGGAUAUGGAUAACAACUGUGGAAUUGCAACCGAUGCGAUUUAUCCUGAGGUGUGAUGCUUGCACGUGGUGGAUGGAGACAGCGAGAAUCAGAAUCCAGUUACCAGACGCUAUUGAAGCAAUGUAUUAUUGAUAAUCGCAUAGCCAUGCCUUGCCUAUCUAAUUUUAAGCUCUAUGAGGAUAAAAUAAAGUGCAUGUAAACAUUCCCGUUGGAAGAAUUGUAAACAGUUUUUAGAAUCAGUGUAAUAGUUCCUGCAUGUGCUUCAAUUUCUUUGUAUGUUUUAUACUCAGUUGCAUUUAAUAUUAUUUUAAUACAGUUCAUAACCCUUAAUUGCAGUAAUCUAAUAAAUGU